AUGGCCCCCCCCGCGCAGCCGGGGGUGCCGGGCGGGCGCGGCUCUAAGGUGCCCCCGGCGCGGAAGCUGCUCUGCAUGUGCAGCCUCUCGCUCUGCCUCACCUACCUGUGCUACAGCUUGAUGGGGGGCGCGGGCCCGGCCGCCCUGCGUUCCCCGGCCGCGCUCCCCGCCACGGCGGCCCCCGGCGCCCCGCGUUCCCCGGCCGCGCUCCUGGGCACGGCGGCUCCGCGCUCCCCUCCCGGCCCGCCCGGCAGCGCCGCUGCCCCCACCGCCUCCGCCGCUCCGCCGCGGGCCUCCAACGGCAGCCGGGACGCGGGCGCCUGGACGCGGACGCCGCUGGCCCCCGGGGAAGCGAUCGCGGCGCAGAGCGGAGCCUUCGAGAGAGACCCGCAGGAGUCCAGCACCACGGACGAGGAGCUGAGCCGCGCCGGGAGCCGCGGCACCACGCCGGACUACGGCGAGAAGCGGCUGCCGCAGGCGCUCAUCAUCGGGGUGAAGAAGGGCGGGACGCGGGCGCUGCUGGAGGCCAUCCGCGCUCACCCCGACGUGAGGGCUGUGGGCACCGAGCCCCACUUCUUCGACCGCAACUACGAGAAGGGGCUGCAGUGGUACAGGGACGUGAUGCCCAAGACGUUGGAAGGCCAGAUCACCAUGGAGAAAACCCCCAGCUACUUUGUGACCAACGAGGCCCCCAGGCGCAUCCACUCCAUGGCCAAGGACACCAAGCUGAUCGUGGUAGUUCGCAACCCAGUCACCCGUGCCAUCUCGGACUACACGCAGACGCUCUCCAAGAAGCCAGAGAUCCCCACCUUUGAGGUGUUGGCCUUCAAGAACCGGACCCUGGGGCUGAUUGACGCUUCCUGGAGCGCCAUCCGCAUCGGCAUCUAUGCGCUGCACCUGGAGAACUGGCUGCAGUACUUCCCCCUCUCCCAGAUCCUCUUUGUCAGUGGUGAGAGGCUCAUCACAGACCCAGCCGGGGAGAUGGCCAAGGUCCAGGACUUCUUAGGCCUCAAGAGGAUUGUGACAGAGAAACAUUUUUAUUUUAAUAAAACCAAGGGGUUCCCCUGUCUAAAGAAGCCAGAGGACAGCAGUGCUCCUCGGUGCUUGGGCAAGUCCAAGGGUCGGACUCACCCCAAAAUAGACCCUGACGUCAUCCACAGACUGCGGAAGUUUUACAAACCAUUCAAUGUCAUGUUUUACCAAAUGACAGGCCAGGAUUUCGAGUGGGAGCGGGAAGAAAGUGAGAAGUAACCAAGAAAUCGGGAAGAGGGCUCUUUCCUUUUGAGAUGUGAAUCAUCCUUAGAGACCCGGAACUCAUGCAGGGCUGAAGGCUUGGGCUUGUAAGCACAACACUUGCGUGGUUGGGGCUGCAGCUGGAGGUGAACAGCAUGGCCAGCUGUGAAACCUUGGUGAUGUGUCACCUCUAGGGUGUUUGGCCUGGGCUCUAUCCUCCUGAGGGAUCAGGGAAUGGGCAGGAAGAGAAGGUGUGGUGUGGGUCAUGGGCACUUCGUGUCCACGUUCUGCUGCUGGCGUGUCCCUGUGCCACGCAGGCAGCAGCAGGAGGUGUGCAGAACCCAGCAGCACCACAAACCAGGAGGUCUGAUUUCCCCUGCCCUGGCUUAAAGUUUUGCUCACGCAGCAGCAUGAGAUCUGGUGAAUUCAGGCCGUGCAUUCACAAGCACCUUGGCAUUUGUAUGUGGAAGGAAUAAAGCCAGUUAUGCUGCAAAGGAACUCUGUACAGAAACAUAAUUUGCACCAGAUGUUCCAGUUACUUGUUGCACUAAAACUCGUAUUUACCAAGUGCCACAAAUCCUGGGCGCGAUUCUCCUCUCACU